AUGCUCGCAACCCCCCGUCCGCCUCGCACGGCCGCCUUCGCUAACAGGCAGGUCUCCAACUUCUACUUCCGGCCGUGCCGCGACCAGUACGACGAGGCCAUUCUCGAGUACUUCCGUUGCCGGUGCGGCGCGGUCCGGAAGCGAGUCACCGGGACGAGGUACUCGAACCUGAUGCAGCAUAUCAGGCGCGAGCACCCCUCGUACUCGGAGGAGAUACUGACCGCAACACCCGGUCAGACGGGCUCUCUUGCUCACUACGUCCGCCACUCUGCCCAGAACUUGUUCGGUUGGCCGGGGUGGCUGGUGAAUUACACGCGCCUCCAGCCUGUCUCUGUCGAAACGCUUCGGCGCGUCAUGGACGCGGUGACGCGCUGCGUCGAGCACGCGAUCGCGGCUGAGAUGCCGGAGGAGUUUGGUCGCAUCUUUGACGGGUGGAGCCACGACUCGGAGCACAACAUCGCGGUCUUCGCGUGCUACGAGGUUGAUGGGGUUCUGAGGUGCCCCUUGCUCUGCAUGGCACCACUCGUCAACGAUGAGACCGACGACUUCUCCGCGGCUAGUCAUCAAGCCUUCUUGGCUACGAUGCUAGCGCGCGACUAUCAGAAGCGCCUGGACCAGGUUCUCUUCCUGGUGGGAGAUAAUUGCGGCGUCAACCGCCGCCUCGCUACGCUGAUGGGCGUCCCGCUAUUUGGGUGUGCAAGCCACCGACUCAACCGAGCCGUCGCCGCCCGGCUGAGCGAAUGCGCUGAAGAUGUCGACAUGGUACAGGCGCUGAUGGUAAAGCUGCGGACCCUCCACCAUUCUGCAAAACUCCGGUUCAAGACCGACCUUCGACCAAUCAUCCGCCAGCAAACCCGCUGGGAGGACGACGAGUUGGCCGAGCUCCUUCCCCCGGCGGCGUCCAAGCGGCGGCUUCGGGACCUGCUCGGCGAGCUGAAGGACGUGGAGUCCGUGUCGAAGGCUCUCCAAGGCGCUGACGCAAACCUCCUCGACGUUCGCGUCUGGUUCGACGGGCUCAUUGCCGCGAAGCCCUCGUACGCCCGUUAUCUCGCACCGCGGGCUGACAUCGUCUACUGCCCCGACUUCGAGGCGGGCUGCGUCAAGAAGGCGGCGCUGGAGCGCUUCUUGGCGGCUCCACCAGCGGGCGAGGGCGAGCAAGAAGAGAAGGAUGAGGAGGCCAGCAUCUCCUUCAUGGAGCGGCUGCAAAAGUGUCGGCGCCUAGAAGAGCAUCAACCAUGCUACGAACUGCUGGCGUCCAUUCCGCCCACGUCCAACGUGGUCGAGCGAUUUUUUAGCAUCGCUCGGGCCACGUUUGGGCUGCAGCGCCACGCACUGCAGCCGUACACGCUGGAGAUGCUGCUGUUCCUGCGGCAGAAUGCCGAUUAUUGGGACGCGCGCACUGUUGAGAGCGCGGAGUAA